AUGGCUGACAAGGGUCUUGAGGAUGUGCCUGAGGGCCAGAUCGAGUCGAACUACGAUGAGACCGUCGACUCCUUCGAUGACAUGAACCUGAAGUCGGAGCUCCUUCGCGGUGUCUACGCCUACGGUUUCGAGCGUCCCUCCGCCAUCCAGCAGCGUGCCAUCAUGCCCGUCAUCAAGGGCCACGAUGUCAUUGCCCAGGCUCAGUCCGGUACUGGCAAGACCGCCACGUUCUCCAUCUCUGUCCUCCAGAAGAUCGACACCAACGUCAAGGCCUGCCAGGCUCUCAUCCUCGCCCCCACCCGUGAGCUUGCUCAGCAGAUUCAGAAGGUUGUCGUCGCCAUCGGUGACUUCAUGAACAUUGAGUGCCAUGCCUGCAUCGGUGGUACUAGCGUCCGCGACGACAUGAAGGCCCUGCAAGACGGUCCCCAGGUCGUCGUUGGUACCCCUGGCCGUGUCCACGACAUGAUCCAGCGCCGCUUCCUCAAGACCGACAGCAUGAAGAUGUUCGUCCUUGACGAGGCCGACGAGAUGCUUUCUCGUGGUUUCACCGAGCAGAUCUACGACAUCUUCCAGCUGCUUCCCCAGAGCACCCAGGUCGUCCUUCUGUCCGCCACCAUGCCCCAGGACGUCCUUGAGGUCACCACCAAGUUCAUGCGCGACCCCGUCCGCAUUCUCGUCAAGAAGGACGAGCUUACCCUCGAGGGUAUCAAGCAGUUCUACAUCGCCGUCGAGAAGGAAGAGUGGAAGCUCGACACCCUCUCCGACCUGUACGAGACUGUCACCAUCACCCAGGCUGUCAUCUUCUGCAACACCCGCAGAAAGGUUGACUGGCUCACCGACAAGCUCACUGCCCGUGACUUCACCGUCUCUGCCAUGCACGGUGACAUGGACCAGGCUCAGCGUGACCUGAUUAUGAAGGAGUUCCGUUCCGGUUCUUCCCGUGUCCUGAUCGCCACCGACCUUCUGGCCCGUGGUAUCGAUGUCCAGCAGGUUUCCCUGGUCAUCAACUAUGACCUCCCCGCCAACCGCGAGAACUACAUCCACCGCAUCGGUCGUGGUGGUCGUUUCGGUCGUAAGGGUGUUGCCAUCAACUUCGUUACCGCCGAGGAUGUCCGCAUGAUGAGAGAGAUUGAGCAGUUCUACAGCACCCAGAUCGAGGAGAUGCCCAUGAACGUUGCCGACCUCAUCUAA